AUGGUGAAGAGGAAGAGCCUGGACGAGAACGAGCCGGAGUGCGGGAAGGGAAUCCCGUUCCCCAUCCAGACCUUCCUGUGGAGGCAGACCAGUGCAUUUCUGCGUCCGAAGUUGGGGAAACAGUAUGAAGCCUCCUGUGUGUCCUUUGAGCGGGUGCUGGUGGAGAACAAGCUCCACGGGCUGUCCCCGGCGCUGUCAGAAGCCAUCCAGAGCAUCUCGCGCUGGGAGCUGGUCCAGGCGGCGCUGCCUCACGUCCUCCACUGCACCUCCAUCCUGCUGUCCAACAGGAACAAGCUGGGUGAGGACACGCAGGACACACGUUACCCCGGCCACCAGGACAAGCUGGGUGUGGCCGAGACCAAGCUGCUCCACACGCUGCACUGGAUGCUGCUGGAGGCGGCGCAGGAGUGCAACCACGAGCCCAGCCUGGGCCACAGCUGGUCCGGGGGCAGCAGCAGCAGCGCCUUCCUGCAGCCGGUGGGGAACCAGGGCUCGUCGCCCGGCGCCCCCGGCUCCUGCUCCGGCUCGGCCCUGGGGGGGUCCGGGCCCCAGCACAGCGGCUCCCUGCUGGAGGAGGACGAGCACACCCGGAACAAGCUGUUCCACAAGAGCAUGGCCACCGUGGAGCUGUUCGUCUUCCUGUUCGCUCCGCUCAUCCACCGGAUAAAGGAGUCGGACCUGACCUUCCGAUUGGCCAGUGGCCUGGUGAUCUGGCAGCCGAUGUGGGAGCACCGCCAGCCGGACAUCUCUGCCUUCACAGCGCUCAUCAAACCUGUGAGAAACAUCGUGACAGCUAAGAGGAACUCCCCGGUGAACAACCAGUGCAGCCCCUGUGGAUCUGGAAACCCUGGUCCCAUGGGCUUCCAGGUGGUUUGUGAAACCACCCAAUCAGAUUCCUCCUCCCCCUCGGCUGGCGAGCAGAGCUGUCGUCGUGGUAACUCGGUGGAGAAAGGUGGCCCUUCCCAGCAACCCCCGCCGGUCAAAGGCCCUUCCAAGAAAAAGACCUCAGCGCCUGCAGGUCUCCCGACCUCCGUGGCCCAGCGGGCUCGCUACGCCACCUACUUCGACGUGGCGGUACUGCGCUGCCUGCUGCAGCCGCACUGGACCGAGGAGGGCGUGCACUGGGCCUUGAUGUUCUACCUCCAGCGGCUGAGGCAGAUCCUGGAGGAGAGACCCGAGCGCACCCCGGAGCCCCUGGUCACGCCGCUGCCGCGCCCACGCAGCAGCUCCAUGGUCGCUGCCACGCCCUCACUGGUCAACACGCACAAGACACAGGAUAUGAGUCUGAAAUGCAACGAAGAGGGAAAGUCUCUGAGCUCGGAGACGUUUGCGAAGGUGUCUCUGACGAACCUCCGUCGACAGGCCGUCCCCGACCUGUCCUCCGACCUGGGCAUGAACAUCUUCAAGAAGUUUAAGAACCGGCGUGAGGACCGGGAGAGGAAGGGCUCCAUCCCCUUCCACUACACGGGAAAGAAGCGCCAGCGCCGAAUGGGCGUCCCCUUCCUGCUCCACGAGGACCACCUGGACGUCUCGCCCACCCGCAGCACCUUCUCCUUCGGGAGCUUCUCCGGCCUGGGCGAUGACCGGCGAGCUCUGGACCGCGGCGGCUGGCAGGCCACGAUCAUGGGCAAAUUCACACGGAGGGGCAGCACGGACACAGCUGCCGACGCCGACAGCCUGAGCGCCAAACACUCCCACUCCCACCACUCGCUCCUCAGAGACAUGCCGGACCACUCCAACAGCCACAGCGACAACACCGUCAAAGAGGUUCGCUCUCAGAUCUCCACCAUCACCAUGGCGGCGUUCAACACCACCGUGGCGUCCUUCAACGUGGGCUACGCCGACUUCUUCACGGAGCACAUGAAGAAGCUCUGCAACCCGGCCGCCGUCCCGGAGAUGCCCACGGAGCCGCUGGCGUGCGCCAACCUGCCGCGCAGCUUCACCGACUCCUGCAUCAACUACUCCUGUCCGGAGGAAGGGGAGAACAUCGAGGGAACCAACAACUUCGUGCUGAAGAACGGGAUGCUGGACCUCACUGCUGUGCUCCGCGCCCUCUACGCCGUCCUCAGCCACGACAUCAGCUCCAGGAUCUGCGACGUGGCGCUCAACAUCAUCGACUGCCUGCUGCAGCUCGGCGUGGUGCCGGGCAUGGGCAAGAAGCUGUCCAAGCCCGACAACAAGGAGAACCAGGAGGCGCGAGGCAAGGACACGGCGGGUCAGGGUCUCGGAGGAGGCGCUCAGGGGGGCGGGUCGCUACCCGGAGCAGGUGGGGGGGGAGACGGAGGCGGUGGAGGAGGAGGCGGAGGAGGAGGAGGAGGGGGGAGCAGUGGAGGAAGUGGGCAGGGGAGCAACGACGAUGUGAAGAACAACAAGGACAAUGAUAAGAAGGAAGAAGGCUCCGGCCUCAGCGCCCACCGCCUGGCGCUGACCAUGCUGAUAAAGAUCGUCAAGUCCCUCGGCUGCGCCUACGGCUGCGGCGAGGGCCACCGCGGCCUGUCAGGGGACCGCCUCCGGAUGCAGGCCCAGAACUGCCUGACCAGCCUGUACAAGCUGGACAAGCUGCAGUUCCGUCAGACUAUACGCGAGUAUGUGAACAAAGACUCUCUGAAUAACAUUGUGGACUUCCUGCAUGCGCUGCUGGGCUUCUGCAUGGAGCCCAUCACUGACAAGUACGGCAGUGCAGGUGAGAGGUCCAGGAGGGCGAAAAAAAGAAACAUCGACAAGGCGGGCUUCGGGAACAACUUCACCACGGGGGUCAACAAGUCCGUGGCCCAGAACAUGGAGGCGGUGGUGGUGGGCUGCAUGUUCAAGUCCCUCAUCACCCGCUGCGCCUCCACCACACACGAGCUGCACAGCCCCGAGAACCUGGGUCUGUACUGCGACAUCCGGCAGCUGGUGCAGUUCAUCAAGGAGGCGCACGGCAACGUGUUCCGCCGCGUGGCGUUGAGCGCCCUGCUGGACAGCGCCGAGAAGGUCACCACCACCAAGAAGCCUGACGAGAAGGAGGAGGGGAAACCACCCGGACCCAGGAGGUCAGAGGCGGGUGUGUCCGGGGAGAAGGGUCAGGUGUCCAGUGCUGCAGAUGAGUGUCGCAGCUACAUCUCCAGUAGACCCCCCCAGACCCCCGAACAUGAGGAGCAGCUCCCGGGCGCCCUGCUGGGCCGGAAGGACUUCUGGAGGAAGAUGUUCAAGUCGCAGAGCGCCGCCAGCGACACCAGCAGCCAAUCGGAGCAGGACACGUCGGACUGCACCACCGCCCACUCCGGCACCACCACCGACCGGCGCUCGCGGUCCCGGUCCCGGCGCAUUUCACUGAGAAAGAAGCUGAAGCUGCCCAUCGGGAACUGGCUGAAGCGCUCGUCUCUCUCUGGACUGACGGACGGAGUCGAGGACCUGCUGGACAUCAGCUCCGUGGACCGACUGUCCUUCAUACGACAGAGUUCAAAGGUGAAGUUCACGAGCGCGGUGAAGCUGACAGAAGGGGGCGCUGUGGGGCCGGAGUACUGCCGGGACGAGGAGGAGAAUUUCUUCAAGCGGCUCGGUAAAUGGAGGUCUGGCAGGAGGAAUCCAUCCAAGCUUCACCACACAGAAGAGAAAGAUGGUCCUCAUGGUUUCCAGGAGCGACUCGCUGCCAGUCAGGAGGCCAUGAAGAACAAGAACGUGGUGAAUCUGGGCGCCAUCCGACAGGGAAUGAAACGCUUCCAGUUCCUGUUGAACUGCUGCGAGCCGGGAACCAUCCCCGACGCCUCCAUCCUCGCUGCCGCUCUGGACCUGGAAGCUCCGGUCGUGGCUCGGGCGUCCCUCUUCCUGGAAUGCGCCAGGUUCGUCCACCGCUGUAACCGUGGCAACUGGCCCGAGUGGAUGAAAGGCCAUCAUGUCAACAUCACCAAGAGAGGCCUGUCCAGGGGACGCUCACCGAUAGUGGGAAACAAGAGAAACCAGAAACUCCAGUGGAACGCCGCCAAGCAUUUCUGCCAGUGGGGAGACGCGAUCGGGACGCGGCUCAGUGAACUCUGUCACUCCGAGAGUGAGAGUCCCUCCAACAUCCUGGGUUACAUCUACGAUGAAGAGACGAAGAGGAGGAUGAGGAAAGAAGACGAGGAAGAGGAUUACCUCGACGACAACACAGUCAAUCCUACGAAGUGCGGCUGCCCCUUCGCUCUGAAGAUGGCCGCCUGCCAGCUCCUGUUGGAAAUCACCACCUUCCUGCGGGAGACGUUUCCCUGCUUGCCACGCCCACGCACCGAGCCUCUCGUGGACCUGGACAGCUGCCGCCUGCGUCUGGACCCGGAGCUCGGACGCCAGCGCUACGAGAGGAAGAUCAGCUUCGCCGGGAUCCUGGACGACGAGGACGGACACGACUCGCUCAACAGCAGCAGCCACACGCUCAAGUCCGACACCACCGGAGACGACAAGAAGCCGCAGGAAACUCAGGCUCCCGUCAGGAAGAUCCGUAUCGGAGGAUCUCGGCUGCUUCAGAUCAAAGGGGCGCGAAGCUUCCGUGUGAAGAAGGGCGGCUCGCUGUCGUCCAUCCGGAGAGCCGGGAGCCUGAAGAGCACCAAGCUGCCGCGGCAGGACUCCGAGUCGGAGAACGACGAGAGUCUGUUGUCUCAGACGCACAGCAGGGACACGGUCACUGACAUCGGAAGUCCCUUCAGCACCAGUGAGCCCAGCAUCGAGCCCGAGGGUCCGAGCUCAGGAGGAGCCGAGGAGAAUUACCACCGCAACAUGUCCUGGCUCCACAUCAUGAUCCUGCUGUGCAACCAGCAGAGCUUCAUCUGCACCCACAUCGACUUCUGCCACCCGCACUGCUACCAGCACCACAGCCGCUCCUGCGCCCGGCUGGUCCGCGCCAUCAAGCUGGUGUACGGCGAGACGGUGGACAGCCUGCGGGAGGACAGCGCCUCCUCUGGCAACAUCGGGGCGCGCGCCAAGAAAAACAAAGAGUGUUCGGACAAGUCGUGUCUGAGGACGCCAUCGAUGAAGAGGAGACCCAACGACCCCAACACGGAAGGGAAGAAGGACACGGGCAUGCUCAAGUACAUCCGCAACCAGGUGAUGAGCUUGUCCCCGGCGCCGCUCUCGCUGCUGAUCAAGGCGGCGCCCAUCCUGACCGACGACAUGUACGGAGACAUCCAACCCGCCGCCUGGGAGCUGCUGCUCAGUGUGGACGAACACAUGGCUGCCGCUGCCGCCGCCAUGUUCCUCCUCUGCGCCGUGAAGGUUCCCGACACGGUGACCGAGAUGAUGAUGGCGGAGUUCCAGCACCAGGAGGCGUGCCAGCGCAUCAACUCCAUCCUGAAGUUCAACACGCUGUGGCGCUUCCGCUACCAGGUGUGGCCUCGCAUGGAGGAAGGAGCUCAGCAGAUCUUUAAGAUUCCUCCACCCAGCAUCAACUUCACUCUGCCCUCUCCUAUCCUGGGAAUGCCCUGCGUCCCCAUAUUCGACCCCCCCUGGGUUCCUCAGAACACCGGCAGCGUCCAGGACCCGAUCAACGAAGACCAGUCUAAAUCCUUCUCCGCCCGGGCGGUGUCUCGCUCCCACCAGCGAGCCGAGCACAUCCUGAGGAACCUGCAGCAGGAGGAGGAGAAGCGGCGCCUGGGCCGCGAGGCCAGCAUCAUCACAGCGAUCCCAGUGGCUCAGGAGUCGUGCUACGAGCCCACCUGCAGCCCCCCGCCCGAGCAGGAGGAAGAAGCAGAAGAAGUGGUGAACCUGGCGUCACGCCGUCUGUCCGUCAGCCCGUCCUGCGCCUCCAGCAACUCCCACAGGAACUACUCCUUCCGCCGCGGCUCCGUGUGGUCGGUGCGCUCACUGGCGAGCGCUGAAGAUGAAGAGAACACGACAGAACACACUCCCACCCACCACAUGCUGCAGCCACCUCAGGCUGUCUUCCCAGCAUGCAUCUGUGCUGCCGUCCUGCCAAUAGUCCACCUCAUGGAGGACGGCGAGGUUCGAGAAGAUGGCGUGGCAGUGAGCGCUGUGGCUCAGCAGAUCCUCUGGAACUGUCUGAUCGAGGAUCCGGCUCUGGUUCUCCGACACUUCCUGGAAAAACUCACAGUGAGCAACAGACAGGACGAGCUGAUGUACAUGCUGAGGAAGCUCCUGCUCAACAUCGGAGAUCUGCCGGCUCAGACGUCUCACAUCCUCUUCAACUACCUGGUGGGACUGAUCAUGUACUUUGUGCGGACCCCCUGCGAGUGGGGGAUGGACGCCAUCUCUGCCACGCUGACCUUCCUGUGGGAGGUGGUGGGCUACGUGGAGGGGCUGUUCUUCAAGGACCUGAAGCAGACCAUGAAGAAGGAGCAGUGUGAGGUCAAGCUGCUGGUCACUGCCUCCAUGCCAGGAACCAAAACCCUGGUGGUGCACGGGCAGAACGAGUGUGACAUCCCAACUCAGCUCCCAGUGCACGAGGACACUCAGUUUGAAGCUCUGCUGAAGGAGUGUCUUGAAUUCUUCAACAUUCCCGAGGCCAGAUCAGCGCAUUACUUCCUCAUGGACAAACGAUGGAACCUCAUUCAUUACUCCAAGACGUAUGUCAGAGACAUCUACCCGUUCCGGAGGUCGGUGUCUCCACAGCUCAACCUGGUCCACAUGCUGCCAGAGAAAGGACAGGAGCUCAUCCAGAAACAGGUGUUUUCCCGUAAACUGGAGGAGGUCGGUCGGGUCCUCUUCCUCAUCUCUCUCACCCAACACAUGCCGGCCGUGCACAAGCAAUCCCACGUGUCCCUGCUGCAGGAGGAUCUCCUCCGCCUGCCCUCCUUCCCCCGGACCGCCAUCGACGCAGAGUUCUCACUGUUCAAUGAGACACAAGGUAAGGAGCUGUUUGGGCUGGACACCCUCCACAAGGUGCUGUGGAUCAAGCUGCUGGAGGAGAUGUUCCUGGGGAUGCCCAGCGAGUACCCCUGGGGCGACGAGAUGAUGCUGUUCCUCAACGUCUUCAACGGGGCGCUGCUGCUGCACCCGGAGGACAGCGCCCUCCUCAGGCAGUACACAGCGACUGCAAUCAACACCGCCGUGCACUUCAACCACCUCUUCUCUCUGAGCGGGUACCAGUGGAUCCUGCCGACCAUGCUGCAGGUCUACGCUGACUAUGAGAGCGACCCCCCACUGAGGCAGGGCAUCGAGUUCUGCUGCCGACAGUUUUACAUCCUCCACCGCAAACCCUUCGUCCUGCAGCUGUUUGCAAGCGUCGCUCCGCUGCUGGAAUUCACAACCAGCACCAGCACUGGUCUGUCUAAAGGAGUCUCGGCCCAGUGUCUGUUCGACCUGCUGGUGUCUCUGGAGGGAGAGACGCCGGACGCCCUGGACGCUCUGGAGCUGGUGAAGGCGGAGAAACCUCUGCGCUCUCUGGAUUUCUGUUAUGGGAACGAGGACUUGGCGUUUUCUAUCAGCGAGGCCAUCAAGCUGUGUGUGACGGUAGUCGCCUACGCACCGGAAUCCUUCCGGAGUCUCCAGAUGCUGAUGGUGCUGGAGGCCUUGGUCCCCUGUCACCUCCAGAAGCUGAAGAGCAACACCAUCACCAUGGAAUGUGCUUCAGCCGCCAGGGAUGAGAUCGCCGCCAUCGCCGCUCUGGCCACGUCGCUGCAGGCGCUGCUCUACAGCUCCGAGACGCUCACCAGGCCCAUGACGGCGCCACAGCUGUCCCGCUGCGACCAGGGCCACAAGGGAGGCACCGCGGCCAACCACGCCAUGUCGGGAGGCGUGAACACCCGGGACAACCUCCACCUGCUGGAGGAGGGCCAGGGGAUGCCGAGGGAGGAGCUGGACGAGCGAAUCGCCCGGGAGGAGUUCCGCCGGCCGCGGGAGUCGCUGCUGAACAUCUGCACCGAGUUCUACAAACACUGUGGACCGAGACUGAAGAUCCUGCAGAACGUGGCCGGCGAGCCGCGGGUCACCGCCCUGGAGCUGCUGGACAUCAAGUCCCACAUGAGGCUGGCAGAGAUCGCCCACGCGCUGCUGAAGCUGGCGCCCUACGACACGCUGACCAUGGAGAGCCGCGGCCUGCGGCGCUACAUCAUGGAGAUGCUGCCCAUCACCGACUGGUCGUCCGAGGCCGUGCGCCCCGCCCUCAUCCUCAUCCUCAAGAGGCUGGACCGCAUGUUCAACAAGAUCCACAAGAUGCCAACGCUCAGGUGCGCUCGCCCUCAGGCUUUAUGCACCAGGAGACAGGUGGAGUGGGAGGCGGCCAGCAGCCUGAUCGAAGGGAUCUGCCUCACGCUGCAGCGACAGCCAAUCAUCUCCUUCCUCCCGCACCUGCGCUCGCUCAUCAACGUGUGUGUGAACUUGGUGAUGGGCGUGGUCGGACCCUCCAGCGUGGCCGACGGGCUGCCGCUGCUCCACCUCAGCCCCUACCUCUCCCCCCCGCUCCCCUUCAGCACGGCGGUGGUCCGGCUGGUUGCUCUGCAGAUCCAGGCCUUGAAGGAAGACUUCCCUCUGAGUCACGUGAUCUCACCGUUCACCAAUCAGGAGCGGAGGGAGGGGAUGCUGCUCAACCUGCUGAUUCCCUUCGUGCUGACGGUCGGUUCUGGGAGUAAAGACAGUCCGCACCUGGAGCCGCCCGAGAUCUUCCUGCUGCUCCAGACCGUCAUCAACAUCCUGCUGCCGCCUCGCAUCAUCUCCACCUCGCGCACCAAGAACUUCAUGCUGGACGCUUCUCCGGCGCACUGCUCCACGCCGGGCGACACGGGCAAGGACCUGCGGCGGGAGGGGCUGGCCGAGUCCACCAGCCAGGCUGCGUAUCUGGCCCUGAAGGUGGUGCUGGUUUGCUUCGAGCGCUCUCUGGGGAACCAGUGGUACCGGCUGAGCCUGCAGGUGAAGGAGAUGGCGCUGAGGAAGGUCGGCGGCUUGGCCUUCUGGGACUUCAUCGACUUCAUCGUCCGAACCCGGAUCCCCAUCUUCGUCCUGCUGAGGCCGUUCAUCCAGUGCAAGUUGCUGACGCAGCCGGCCGACUCCCAGGAGGAGAUCACCGCACGCCACCACAUCGCCGACCAGCUGGAGCGACGCUUCAUCCCCCGGCCGCUCUGCAAGAGCUCCCUGUUCGCCGAGUUCAACAACGAGCUGAAGAUCCUGAAGGAGGCCGUGCACAGCGGCUCGGCUUACCAAGGCAAGACCUCCAUCAGCACCGUGGGAACCUCCACCUCGGCGUAUCGCCUCAGCUUGGCCACGAUGUCGCGCUCCAACACCGGCACCGGCACGGUGUGGGAGCAGGAGAGUCAGCCGUCACGCCAGCCGUCCCAGGACACGCUCAGCCGCACCGACGAGGACGAGGAAGAGAACGACUCCAUCAGUAUCCCCAGCGUGGUGAGCGAGCACGAGGCCUUCCUGCCGAGGGUCAUCACGCAGCGCCGCUUCUCCAGCCACGCCACCGGCUCGGCCGCCGCUCAGCCCGAGAGUCACCGCACCAACAUGCUGCCCAGCCACAGUGAACCCAAUGUGCUAGAUGAGUCCCAGGGCCUCCUGCAGGAGGGUAACCUCUCUAGGGUUGCCAGUGUGCAGAGUGAACCAGGGCAACACAACCUGCUGCUGCAGCCUCCGCUAGGAAGGAAGCGCGGCCUGAGACAGCUGCGGCGCCCCCUGCUGUCCAUUCCGAAGAGCGAACCCCGGGAUCGAUCUGGAGCUCGACUCUCCACGACUCGCCGGAGCAUCCAGCCCAAGAACAAACCUCUGGAAACUUUAUUGGACUGCGAAGCCCACGGAGACCAGAAGAGGUCGGUGACCUUCACGGAGGCGUCCGCGGGGAUCGGCAAACCCCCCCCGACCCCCGGCGCCGGCGACCCAGCGGGGGGGGAGGGCAGGAGGGCGAGUCCGGGCCUCUGUAAGACGCCGACGCUGGAGGUGCCGUCGGUCUCGUCCGCCACCGUCACCGCCGACCUGCACGCUCCCGGGAACACGCAGGGUCCCGGGUCCAUCAGCAGCAGAGAGAGGAGGGAGCAGUGGGGGCUCCGCAGCAGCCUGUCCCCCCCCCCCUCCAUCUCCAGACCCUCCACCCCGACCCCCCCGUCCCGAGCCUGCUCCCCCCUCCCCUUAUCACGCACCUCCUCCCCCCUCCCUCCACCUCUCCCAGUGCUGGGCACGACCCCGGCCCCGGGCCCGCCUCUGGCUCCGCCCCUGCCACCCCAGACCUCCCUCCACCCUCCCACCCUCCCUCCGCUCCUCCCUCCGCCCCCCCCAGGGCCGUCCAGGAUCAGAGAGAGUCCCGGGGACGAGGACACCACGGCGCUCCUCCCACGCUGCAGUACCCUGCUCCACCUCAGUGAGGACGGAGGCACGGAGAACCCGCUCCUCACGCCGCUGUUGGCUCCGCCCUCGCCCCCGCCCCCCCGCAGGUCGCCACGCCGCUUCCCUCUGCCCCUCUCGCCCGUGGACCUGGACCUGGACGAGUCCCACGUGUGA